AUGAUUUUUAAGAAAACAUUUUCCCUUCAGGUGAAUGUUGAUACAUAUAGUCAAGAUGAAGUACAAGGUGUUGUACUGGAGGAUGAUAAGGGACUCGCUCAGAAUGACAAAAGAGAACCACAAGACGAAUGUAAUGUUGAAGAUGCUGAACGCCAGUUGAGUCGACCUGAGAAAGAACCAGGUUAGUACUAAGGUUUUGCACCACCGUAUUUUAUUCGCUCUAAGCCAAUUGGAAAUGUCGUGGGGGUUUUUUACGUUGGCACAUCUGCUAUUUUUUAUAGCCGUGUUUUAUAGGUAUUUCCUCAAAUUAAGUUUUUGUAUAUCAUCAAAUAAGGAUAAACUAAAGCGUAAUAGACCAUUUUAGUGUGUUUAAAUUUGUAAAGUGUCGAAUUUUAGAUAGUAUUAUUCCCGCCGAUUUUAUAACUUUUUUCGUAAUUGAAUCAAUAUGAUCAUUCCGAGUUAAGUGUUCAUCAAUAAUAACACCUAGAAAUGUUGUGUUUUUAUUAAACUUGUUUUAUAUUGGCUGUUUGUUUAUCGAAAUUGUGAUGUCAUGUUUAGUCUGUUUGAUGAUCUAAACAAGAUAAGUUUUGUUUUAGCUGUAUUCAAUGAUAGUUUAUUGUUUCCAAUCCAGUCAGCUAAUUUAUUUCAUCUUGCAUGAUUAAGUUCAACUCUUUUAAGCAAGAAUGACUAUAGAAAAUAUUUGUAUCAUCUGCAAAUAAUAUAUUGGAGACUAGAUUGCAACAGUUCUGAAUAUCGUUUAUAUAUAUAAAAGAAAUAGAAGUGGCCCCAGUAUUGAGCCUUGAAAAUAAUGAAACGAUAAAAGUUCCUAGAAGAUACAGUUUCUAGAACGUUUAGAAACAGAAGAUAUUGAAAAAUGUAUCUUUUUAUAUUAUUCGUAAUGUUUACAACAUGAGCGGCCGUGUUGUAUCAGAUAUACAAACUCGAGCCGAAGGCGAGAGUUUGUAUAUCUGAUACAACACGGACGCGAAUGUUGUAAACAACUUAAAAAAAAGACUCAUCUUAUGAGUACAUUGGCGAAGUAAUUAUAAAAAUAAACGUUGUCUAAGCCGAGAAAAUCAAAGUUAAAGUUUAUGUAAAUCAACAUGAAUCUGUAUCACAUAUUAAGAUACGACACGCUUAUGAUUUUUCUUUGUGUUUUCUUCAUGAAUUAUUAAUGAGUUUUUUAAAUAUUGUUGUAUAGUCUUGUAUAACGUUGUCUAGUGUCGUAUAGCCUCUAUAUAUUGUUAUAUAGUCUUGUAUAAUGUUAUAUAGUGUCGUAUAGCCUUGUAUAUUAUUGUGUAGUGUCGUAUAGUGUUGUAUACUCUUGUAAAGUGUCGUAUAGUCUUGUAUAACCCAGUAUAGUGUCGUAUAGCCUUAUAUAGUGUUGUAUACAGUCUUGUAUAACAUCGUAUAGUGCUGUAUAGCCUUGUAUAGUGUCGUAAGUUAAUUAAUAUUAAGUUCACCUGCUAAAAUGAUAUGUAGCUUUUGACAGUUCUUUGUUAAAACACAUUAUACAGACAGACAGACAGGAUAUAUAAUAGUGUUAUGCGCUUCCAUUAUUAAUAGUGUUAUGGUAUAUAUAAUAGUGUUGUUAUGGUAUACAUAGUAAUGCUAUGUUUCCAUUGUUAAUAGUUAUUAACAGUCCUUGGCUCUUGUGCAAUAUAUUUAUUUUAUUAUUAAUAGUGUUAUUAACUGUGAGGCAUUCCAGGUUAUUGCUCUAGAAGUGACCACACUUGAAUCUAAGAAUAUUGCAAAAUCCGCAAAUUAAACUUGUUAUCGCAUAAUAGGUAGCUUGCCAUCGCAUAAUAGUGGCCAUCGCAUAAUAGCUAAAUGUGUGAAGGUAGCCCUGCGGGCCACAUUAUACAUAUAUUGUUGGAGAAAUAAGCCGUGGAAUGACCCAUAAUUACUUAAUUUCUAUUAGCUACUAUUGUUUGUUAUGAACCUGUUUCAUUACAGAAAACUGUUUCCUUAAUUUUAGAUAAUUAGAAUAUUGUUGUAACGUAUAGCAUAAUAUGCACGCGAUUGUUACAAUAAGAUACGAUUUUCGUUGUUUAGAAAUUACAAUAGUAUUAUGUUUCCAUUAUAGUGUUAUUUAGUUUUGAAUUAUCCACGGAUUAUAAACAGAUUUUGAACAACCAAACCAAACCUAACCCUUGAUUUCCAACAUGGAUAUGUUUUCAUCCAUGUUUGUAUGUGUGGGUGUGUGUUUGUUUGCUUGUUUAGUAACUUAAAAAGUAUUUUACAUACUAAUACGAAAUUUUGGCGUACUCAUUGACAUUGCCUAUUGUAUGGAUAGAUUAACUUUUCGUUAAGUUUGGAUGAACGUUGGAUGAGAAAUUAGCAAAAGUUAUGUUCUUCUUGCUCUGCUGGGUAUCGUAAACAGCUUUCGUAGUUAGACCAUCGUGUUAUUUAUGGGUGAUAUUAUAAGUUAAUUCGCUGCCGGAUUCUAUGAAUUGAAUUCUUCGAGUCCCCUCAAGUUUACAUGGAUCUUAACAUUUUGAAUCUAAUUUAGUUCCAUGUGCCAGUGCUCCAUGUAUGAAUGGUGGGACUUGUUCAAAUAGUGGAACAUCAUUCUCAUGCUCAUGUCCAGUUGGAUAUACCGGUGAUGCCUGCGAAACCCAAGGUAAAUGUUAUUUUCACAAAGGGACUACAUAAAGUUUUUUUUCUCUCCCAUUUUUAUUCCAGAAAGGAUUUUGUGGAAUUGAGUUUUAUUUCAUAACGAACAGCGCAUGCUCUUGUUAAAUUGAAAAUAUGAACAAGUAAGUUUGAUGUGAAGGAGUAAAUACUCGUCAGUGAAAUUGGAUUUUAAAUACUGAAGUGUAGUUGCUCUUGUUUUCCAGUUGUUGAGAAGAGCUAACAAUAUAUCAUCAUUUAAAACGAACUUGUGUUUUCUGAUUUUCUGCAAUUUAUUCUCUCUAAUCCGUUGUAAGGAGAUAAACUUUUUGCCUAGUCUUGCCUUUUAACCCAUUUAGUGUUUGUCAUUGAUGAUCUCAAAUCCAAACUCAUUUCACUCCUGACAUUCGCAAUAUUAUUGAAAGAAGUUGGAGGUUAUUAAACCAUUAAUCUUACCCACACCUUCCCUAUCACUGAUGCACUUGGCAUUCCGCUUGAUCUACUUGUUUCUGGAUGUAAACUUUUACUCAUUAAUUCUACUCUUGACAAUCGCAAUAUUUUAGAGAGCUGUGGGAAGUUAACCCAUAAAUCAUAGCGACGCGUCCGCUAUCAAUGAUGGACUUGUCAAUCCACUUGCUCUCCUUCUUCCCGGAAUUAGUAUCCUCGCUAUGCGUUCUGCACAUGCUCGGGGGAAAAACUAUGCAAAGAAAUGUGUUCAUACAUAUAUUAUGUGAUAACCAUAUAUGCAAUUCUCAGAAAGAUAUUCGUGAUUGAUAUGUGUGACGAUGACCUAGUGCAUGCGAGAGUGAAAUUCCUAAGUAUUUAUUAGCUUGAUUUGCCAGAUGGAUAUGUUUUCAUCCAUGUUUGUAUGUGUGGGUGUGUGUUUGUUUGCUUGUUUAGUAACUUAAAAAGUAUUUUACAUACUAAUACGAAAUUUUGGCGGACUCAUUGACAUUGCCUAUUGUAUGGAUAGAUUAACUUUUCGUUAAGUUUGGAUGAACGUUGGAUGAGAAAUUAGCAAAAGUUAUGUUCGUCUUGCUUUGCUGGGUAUCGUAAACAGCUUUCGUAGUUAGACCAUCGUGUUAUUUAUGGGUGAUAUUAUAAGUUAAUUCGCUGCCGGAUUCUAUGAAUUGAAUUCUUCGAGUCCCCUCAAGUUUACAUGGAUCUUAACAUUUUUAAUCUAAUUCAGUUCCAUGUGCCAGUGCUCCAUGUAUGAAUGGUGGGACUUGUUCAAAUAGUGGGACAUCAUUCUCAUGCUCAUGUCCAGUUGGAUAUACCGGCGAUGCCUGCGAAACCCAAGGUAAAUGUUAUUUUCACAAAGGGACUACAUAUAGUUUUUUUUCUCUCCCAUUUUUAUUCCAGAAAGGAUUUUGCGGAAUUGAGUUUUAUUUCAUAACGAACAGCGCAUGCUCUUGUUAAAUUGAAAAUAUGAACAAGUAAGUUUGAUGUGAAGGAGUAAAUACUCGUCAGUGAAAUUGGGUUUUAAAUACUGAAGUGUAGUUGCUCUUGUUUUCCAGUUGUUGAGAAGAGCUAAAAAUAUAUCAUCAUUUAAAACGAACUUGUGUUUUCUGAUUUUCUGCAAUAUAUUCUCUCUAAUCCGUUGUAAAGAAAUUAAAUUUUUGCCAAGUCUUGCCUUUUAACCCACUUAGCGUUUGUCAUUGAUGAUCUCCAAUCCAAACUCAUUUCGCUCCUGACAUUCACAAUAUUAUUGAAAGAAGUUGGAGGUUAUUAAACCAUUAAUCUUACCCACACCUUCCCUAUCACUAAUGCACUUGGCAUUCCGCUUGAUCUACUUGUUUCUGGAUGUAAAUAGCACGGCAAAAAAUUUUCAAUAAAUCGAGAACUAUGGCUUUAUAUCUUGAAUAUUUUAGUGGCACUUUUACUCAUUAAUUCUACUCUUGACAAUCGCAAUAUUUUAGAGGGCAGUGGGAAGUUAACCCAUAAAUCCUAGCCACGCGUCCGUUAUCAGUGAUGGACUUGUCUAUCCACUUGCUCUCCUUCUUCCCGGAAUUAGUAUCCUUGGUAUGCGCUCUGCACUUUCUCGUGGGAAAAACUACGCAAAAAAAUGUGCUGAAACAGAUAUUAAGUGAUAACCAAGCAAUUCUCAGAAAGAUAUUCGCGAUUGAUGUGACGAUAACCUAAGGCGUGCGAGAAUGAUAUUCCUAAACAUUUAUUACCUUUGCCAGAUGGUCAUAAUUUCACCCAUGUUUGUAUGUGUGGGUGUGUGUUUGUUUGCUUGUUUAGUAACUUAAAAAGUAUUUUGCAUACGAAUACGAAAUUUUGGCGUACUCAUUGACAUUGCCUAUUGUAUGGAUGGAUUAACUUUUCGUUAAGUUUGGAUGAACGUUGGAUGAGAAAUUAGCAAAAGUUAUGUUCUUCUUGCUUUGCUGGAUAUCGUAAACAGCUUUCGUAGUUAGACCAUCGUAUUAUUUAUGGGUGAUAUUAUAAGUUAAUUCGCUGCCGGAGACUAUGAAUUGAAUUCUUCGAGUCCCCUCAACUUUACAUGGAUCUUAACAUUUUGAAUCUAAUUUAGUUCCAUGUGCCAGUGCUCCAUGUAUGAAUGGUGGGACUUGUUCAAAUAAUGGAACAUCAUUCUCUUGCUCAUGCCCAGUUGGAUAUACCGGUGACCGCUGCGAAACCCAAGGUAACUGUUAUUUUCACAAAGGUACUGCAUAUAGUUUUUUUUCUCUCCCAUUUUCAUGCCAGAAAGGAUUUUGCGGAAUUGAGUUUUAUUUCAUAACGAACAGCGCAUGCUCUUGUUAAAUUGAAAAUAUGAACAAGUAAGUUUGAUGUGAAGGAGUAAAUACUCGUCAGUGAAAUUGGGUUUUAAAUACUGAAGUGUAGUUGCUCUUGUUUUCCAAGUGUUGAGAACAGCUAACAAUAUAUCACGAUUUAAAACGAACUUGUGUUUUCUGAUUUUCUGCAAUUUAUUCUCUCUAAUCCGUUGUCAUGCAGGAAAUAAACUUUUUGCCUAGUCUUGCUUUUUAACCCAUUUAGCGUUUAUCAUUGAUGAUCUCCAAUCCAAACUCAUUUCACUCCUGACAUUCGCAAUAUUAUUGAAAGAAGUUGGAGGUUAUUAAACCGUUAAUCUUACCCACACCUUCCCUAUCGCUGAUGCACUUGGGAUUCCGCUUGAUCUACUUGUUUCUGGAUGUAAAUAGCACGGCAAAAAAUUUUCAAUAAAUCGAAAACUAUGGCUACUAUAUCUUGAAUAUUUAAUGGCACUUUUACUCAUUAAUUCUACUCUUGACAAUCGCAAUAUUUUAGAGAGCAGUGGGAAGUUAACCCAUAAAUCCUAGCCACGCGUCCGUUAUCGGUGAUGGACUUGUCAAUCCACUUGCUCUCCUUCUUCCCGGAAUUAGUAUCCUCGCAAUGCGCUCUGCACUUUCUCGGGGGGAAAACUACGCAAAGAAAUGUGUUGAUAUUUGCGAAUUUGAGUAUUAUGUCAUAACUAACAGUGCAUGCUCUUGUUAAAUUGAAGAUGUCAACAAGUAAGUUUGAUGUGAAGGAGUAAAUACUCAUCAGUGAAAUUGGGUUUUAAAUACUGAAGCGUAGUUGCUCGUGUUUUCCAGGUGUUGAGAACAGCUAACAAUAUAUCAUCAUUUAAACCAAAGUAGUGUUUUCAGAUUUCUUGCAAUUUACUCUUCCUGAUCCGUUCUAAGGAAAUAAACUGUUUACCUACUCUUGCCAUUUAACCCUUUGAGCGUUUGUCAUUGAUGAUCCCCAAUUCAAACUCAUUUCACUCCUGACAUUCGUAAUAUUUUUCAAAGCAGUGGUGGGUUAUUAAACCAUUAAUCUUACCCACACUUUCGCUGUCACUGAUGCACUUGUCUAUCCGCUUGAUCUACUUGUUUCUGGAUGUAAAUAGCUGGGCACAUUUUUUUCAAUAAAUCGAGAACUAUGGCUAGUAUAUCUUGAAUAUUUUAGUGACACUUUUACUCAUUAUAGAUCUACUCUUGACAAUCGCAAUAUUUUAGAGAGCAGUGGGAGGUUAACCCAUAAAUCCUAACCGCGCGUCCGCUAUCAGCGAUGUACUUGUCAAUCAAAAUGCUCUGCUUCCCGGAAUUAGUAUCCUCGCUAUGCGUUCUGCACAUGCUCGGGGGAAAAACUAUGCAAAGAAGUGUGUCCAUACAGAUAUUGUGUGAUAACAAUAUAUGCAAUUCUCAGAAAGAUAUUCGUGAUUGAUAUUUGUGACGAUGACCUAGUACAUGCGAGAGUGAAAUUCCUAAACAUUUAUUAGCUUGAUUUUCCAGAUGGAGAUGUUUUCAUCCAUGUUUGUAUGUGUGGGUGUGUGUCUGUUUGCUUGUUUAGUAACUUAAAAAGUAUUUUACAUACUAUAUAAUACGAAAUUUUGGCGGACUAAUUGACAUUGCCUAUUGUACGGAUAGAUUAACCUUAGUUUAAGUUUGGAUGAACGUUGUAUGAUAAAUUAGCAAAAGUUAAGAUCGUCUUGCUUUGCUGGAUACCGUAAACAGCUUCUGUAAUUAGACCAUCGUGUUAUUUAUGUGUGAUAUUAUAAGUUAAUUCGCUGCCGGAUUCUAUGAAUUGAAUUCUUUGAGUUCCGUCAAGUUGACAUGAAAAUUAACAUUUUUAAUCUAAUUUAGUUCCAUGUGCCAGUGCUCCAUGUAUGAAUGGCGGGACUUGUUCAAAUAAUGGAACAUCAUUCUCUUGCUCAUGCCCAGUUGGAUAUACCGGUGACCGCUGCGAAACCCAAGGUAAAUGUUAUUUUCCCAAAGGAACUACAUAUAGUUUUUUUCUCUCCCAUUUUUAUUCCAGAAGGGAUUUUGCGGAUUUGAGUAUUAUGUCAUAACUAACAGCGCAUGCUCUUGUUAAAUUGAAGAUAUCAACAAGUAAGUUUGAUGUGAAGGAGUAAAUACUCAUCAGUGAAAUUGGGUUUUAAAUACUGAAGUGUAGUUGCUCUUGUUUUUCAGGUGUUGAGAACAGCUAACAAUAUAUCAUCAUUUAAACCAAACUUGUGUUUUCAGAUUUCUUGCAAUUUACUCUUCCUAAUCCGUUCUAAGGAAAUAAACUGUUUACCUACUCUUGCCAUUUAACCCUUUGAGCAUUUGUCAUUGAUGAUCCCCAAUUCAAACUCAUUUCACUCCUGACAUUCGCAAUAUUUUUCAAAGCAGUGGUGGGUUUUUAAACCAUUAAUCUGACCCACACCUUCGCUGUCACUGAUGCACUUGUCUAUCCGCUUGAUCUACUUGUUUCUGGAUGUAAAUAGCUGGGCAAAUUUUUUCAAUAAAUCGAAAACUAUGGCUAGUAUAUGUUGAAUAUUUUAGUGGCAGUUUUGCUAAUUAAAUCUACUCUUGACAAUCACAAUAUUUUAUAGAGCAAUGGGAGGUUAACCUAUAAAUCCUAGCCAAGCGUUCGCUAUCAGGGAUGUACUUGUCAAUCCAAGUGCUCUGCUUCCCGAAAUUAGUAUCCUCGCUAUGCGUUCUGCACAUGCUCGGGGGAAAAACUAUGCAAGGAAAUGUGUUCAUACAGAUAUUAUGUGAUAACCGUAUAUGCAAUUCUCAGAAAGAUAUUCGUGAUGUGAUGAUGACCUAGUGCAUGAGAGAUUGAAAUUCCUAAACAUUUAUUAGUUUGAUUCGCCAGAUUGUUAUGUUUUUAUCCAUGUUUGUAUGUGUGGGUGUGUGUUUGCUUGUUUAGUAACUUAAAAAGUAUUUUACAUACUAAUACGAAAUUUUGGCGGACUAAUUGACAUUGCCUAUUGUACGGAUAGAUUCACUUUUGGUUAAGUUUGGAUGAACGUUGGAUGAUAAAUUAGCAAAAGUUAAGUUGGUCUUGCUUUGCUGGGUAUCGUAAACAGCUUCCGUAAUUAGACCAUGGUGUUAUUUAUGUGUGAUAUUACAAGCUAAUUCGCUGCCGGAUUCUGUGAAUUGAAUUCUUCGAGUCCCCUCAAGUUUACAUGGAUCUUAACAUUUUGAAUCUAAUUUAGUUCCAUGUGCCAGUGCUCCAUGUAUGAAUGGUGGAACUUGUUCAAAUAAUGGAACAUCAUUCUCUUGCUCAUGCCCAGUUGGAUAUACCGGCCAGCGCUGCGAUGGUAAGUAUUGUUUUCAAAAAUUUAUUUAACGCAUUUUUUCUUUUUCCUAUUUUGAUUCCAUAAAGAUUUUUUUAUUUCCUCGCGAAGAGUGAAAGCUUGUGUUAAGUUUAAGGUAUGCUGGAGAAUUCGAUGAUCAUGGUUGAGAAAUUGUCAAUUCUAGAAAAGUAAUGCUGGAGCAAUGCUGGACCACUUGAAGUGUCCGCAAUUCCGUAAUAGUGAGAGUCCGCAAUAGCGAGAGCUAUUUCAAUGCAUGUCAUAGUAGUUUCGGCCGGGGAAUUACCAACUGUCCGUAAUAGCGUGGUAUCCGUAAUUGUGGUGCGUCCGCAAGGCGAGAGUUGACUUUAGUUGCAGCGUUUUUUAAAUCAGUACUUUGAACAUUGCUAUAAGACUUGAAAUUUUUAUAUAUUACAGUCAAAAUACAAGAACCUUCCCACUUCCGCUUCUGUAACUUGUUUUGUAUUUCUGUAAUUUGUUCUAUUUUUCUGUUGCGAUUACCGCUUCAUCGGAAAAUAUCGCGGUAGAAAUUCCCCUUUUUUUCCUUUAUAUACGUCAAUUUGUAACAAAGGAUACACCUUUCGUUAGAUUCUUUGCAUAAAAGUUGCGAAAUUUUUAUUUUAGUACGUCAAAUGAUUGUAGUCUGUAAUUUUAAAUUUGUAUAGUAUGAACACACUUUGAGCCGGCGGCGGUUCAAAACCGAUUGAUCAGCAAAUAUCUGUAUAAGAUCUACGUUUCGCAACUUUUAUGCAAAGAAUCUGACGAAAGGUGUAUCCAUUGCUACAAAUUGACGUAUAUGAAGGAAGGACAGCGAAAUUCUACCGGACCCUACCGCGAUAUUUGCCGAUAAAGCGGUAAUCGCUACAGAAAAAUAUAAUAAAUUACAGAAAUACAAAACAAGUUACAGAAGCGGAAGUGGGAAUGUUCUUGUAUCUUGACGGUAAAUAUUUAAUAUUUUUUAAACAAAACAAGUGCUUGUUGACUUUACUUUAUAAUUUUUUUUUCCUUUGAAAUCAGUUUUGUAAAAAAAUAUAUAUUCUGGUUUCUAUGCAUGUUUUUAUCUUCGCUCUUUCUUUCGGCAUCAUUUUUUUCAAAAUUAUAUUUUUCAACCAGUUUAAAUAUAAAAAACUGCAAAUCUAACCUGUAAACAGGUCCUGGGAGUUUUUUUCAUUGUGUUUUAUUGCUGUUAAAGCUAUAAUAAGCAAAUAACGUGCUGUUUUAUCGACUGAAAAACUCCGGUAAUUCCCAAAACUGCGGUAAUUCUUGCGCCGCCAUCUUGUUUUCUGUAUACUGGCAAGUAGAGAGCCAAUCAGAUUGCAGAAUAGCUUACAUCCGGUAGCUGUUUAUGUAAUAACAAUUGUUUUACAUAGCUGUCCAAUUUAUAAUGAUUCCAACCACAUCUCUCACAUUUUGCGAAUUUUUGCGAACAGUUCGGCCUGACAAAGGUAUUGCUCACGGCAGAAAAGUCUUGGGAGUUACAUGCAUUGAUGCUGUUAACCAUUCAUGUAAAAAUCCGACUUAACUAUCGCCUUUCUUCGCAACCAUAAAAACCGUUAGAAAUUUGUUAACAGUUACUUUCAAUUACUUUCUCAUAGUUUUAUGUUUUGCCGGAAGAUAGUUUUUUAUUUAAGUCUCCCAUGUUAGUUAAAAGGAGAUAUCAGGAUAAUUAAGAAAUUGGGUGUGGUCGCUGGAAAAUGUUAGCGUGGCUCUAACUUAACUCUCCGAAAUCCGAUUCAGCUCUCCCUGUAAAAAUUCUCCUUUUGUCAUACCCAACUAAAUUUACUGAUCUUACACUAGCAGAGAAAAAGUGACGUAACGCGCUAUCGCGUGAGGCGCGAGCUUGACCGCUCCGCGUUUUAUGCAACAUCUACCUGGAACUAGUAAAAAUCUGUUAAUUGCUAGUGGGACUGUUUGGAUAUUUGUGGAAAUAGUUUUUUUUUACGGCGACGAUAGACUUUUAAAACUUCAGUUGGAACCGUUUAAUUAUGACCCAAACAUGCGGCACACGCGACAACAUUAUACGUCAAGUUCAAGUAGCAAUUAGAACUUUGAUUAGAACUGUUUCGAGAAUAGGGUAAUUCGAUUCUUUCAAUUAAUCAAUCUAGACAAACCUCAAGAUGAAUAAAUUCAUGAUUAUAUAAUCCCUAUAUUUUUCAUCAUUCUGGCUGUCUGGUUCUGCAAUCCAACGACGCAAAAUGGCUUCUUGUGCGUUGUUAUGGACUGCCUGAUAGUAACCAUAUGUCUGAUCUUAGAUCCUUUGCUGAUAAUUUAUUUCCUAGUCAGAACAAGAUCGUUAUUACCAGCGAUACCAGCUAGGGUGCGAAAAAAUGUUUUUGAUUUUGCAAGGUUUAAGUUUUGAUGUUUUUCACUAUAUCUUGCUAACUUAAAUUUUUAAAUAUGUUUCCAUAGUGGCCGCCACAACAAAAAUGAAUUUCUAUGUUACUAAUUAUUUGGGCCUUCACUCACUGCUUAAUAUAUUUGAAUAUGUCGUGGUUCACUUUUUUCCUUCAUUCUCUCAGAGACGGCUUAAUCCACAAGGAUGGUGGGACAUCUUCCGUUAAUAAAGUCCUCUUAAUUUCUGCUCAUGCUUUAUGUUUUGGAAAAUUUAAUGAAAUCAUUGUUCUGUUUCAGACAUCAACGAAUGUUCACAAGCAAACAUCUGUCAAGCUCAAGCAACAUGUAAUAAUACACAAGGAUCAUACUUAUGUACUUGCAACACUGGCUACACAGGCGAUGGAAC